CCGCGCAUCUGGCGUGCGGCUGGAGCCCCUCGCUGCGCACCGCAGGCGCUAAGUUAGCCCGGCUGGUUGCAGGCGAGGGAACACAGCAAGAGCUUUGGAGUCACAGCAGCGAGGCUGAGCGUGGACGCCAACAAAUACAAAUCCAAGCCAGCUGGGGAUCUGUAAUGUCGGUUAAUAUUGCAGCCUUUGGGAAUGAAACAGAUGGGCCUUCUGAGGACAAUCAGCAGCCAAGCCUGAUAUGGAGCUAUCUCAGGAGAAGUGCUCUCAUUUCUGAGAUUGACUGCAGCUUGUCUGCCAGUCACGUUGGAAACCCAGCUUUUACUGAGUACCAAGCCUCUGUGUUUGGAAAUGUCAGACUGGUGGUACGCGACUGUCCUGUCUGGGAUAUAUUUGACAGUGACUGGUAUACCUCCCGCAGUCUCAUUGGAGGAGCUGAUAUUGUUGUAAUUAAAUACUCUGUCAAUGAUAAGACUUCAUUUCAAGAACUAAAGGACAAUUACAUCCCAAUGAUAAAAAAAACAUUAAACCACUGCUCAGUUCCAGUAAUAAUUUCUGCUAUUGGUGCAAGAAAAAACGGAGUGCCUUGUACCUGCCCACUGUGCACAUUGGACAGAAGGAGCUGUGUCACCACUGCUGAAGGAGUUCAGCUUGCCAAGGAACUAGGAGCCACUUACCUCGAGCUACACACUCUCAAUGACUUCUACAUACAGAAAUGUUUUGGAGGCGUGCUGGAAUAUUUUAUGAUCCAAAGUUUGAAUCAGAAGUCACCUGAAAAAAUGAAGAGAAGGAAAAAGACGCAGAAGUGUCAUCGAGUUCAACCACCUCAGCUUGAACAGCCAGCAGAAAAAAUGCCGAUCUUGAAGGGUGAAGCCUCGCACUAUGAUGCGGACCUGCACAACCUGCUCUGCUGCUGCCAGUGCGCAGAUGUGGCGUUCUACCCUGAGGACUUCAGCACAGUGGUAGAGGCUCACAAGGUCAUCCUCUGCUCCGUCAGCCACCUCUUCAUGCUGCUUUUCAAGGUGAAGAGCCCUGCAGACAUCUGUGACACCUCCAUCAUGCAGACAGCGCAGAGCCUCUUCACGGUGGAAGCAGAGGCUGCCUUCCGGCUGGCGCCCCGCGGCAUCCCACCCUGCAUCCCACUGCUGAGGGUGGUGGUGAAGGACUCUGCCUUCUGCUCAUGUCUCCCAGACAUCCUCCACUUCAUCUAUUCAGGUGCUUUCCAGUGGGAACGACUAGAAGAGGAUAUAAAAAAAAAGGUGAAGGAUCCAGAAAAAACUGAAAAUGUGCUUGGCAAAGUUAAAUGCAUCCUGAAAACCCCAAGGAAGUUAAACACUACAAAAGAUUGCAAAUCUCAACAGAUGAAACGGCUGUAUAAUACGUCUCUCAGGCUGUUCUUUAAUACACCUGUCCUAGCUGAUGUCAUUUUCAAAAUACAAGAUGCAACUGUACCAGCCCACAGAGCAGUUCUGGUAGCUCGCUGUGAGAGUAUCUUUAUACCGACUCCUGCUGUCCAGGUAAGAAAAGUCAAAAUUACACGUUUUUACUCAUUUUUCCACAGUGAGGCACUGAUAGAGAGUAAUGUAGCAGCAUUUACAUUAUUGAAAAAUGUGAAAGAUUUAAUGUAUAAUGUCUCAAGAAAAAGAAAUUUUCAUAUUAUGCAAUGAAAAAAACAGUCUUAUUCAAGUAAAAUCAGCUGCAGACAGAACAGAUAUCACUAAUAAAAUGUUGUGUUUGUUAUGUGCUUACACAGCAAGACACAAAAAUCAGUGAAAUUUCAUUUCUGGUCCAUUACAAUAUCAAAAAUUUUCUUUCUACAUCACAGUAAUAUUGCUUUUGAAUCACAAUUCUUGGGUUCAUCCCAAAAUUUUCAUUUUGUUUAGGAUAUAUUUUGUUACAUUUAAUAUAAUCAAGGUUAAAGUGCAAGAACACCUUAUUUAUACAUAUGGAUACCUUAUUUGUGUGUAAAUCCUCAAGAAAGUAUGUCAUUUGGAGUAUUCAGUAAGAAAAAUUGAGCUGAAGUAUUCCUUGUAUCUUAGCCAUAGUCUUUUAUAAUAAGAAGAAAAUUACAUACUAAAUAUGGAAUAUUAUGUAAAUACAGAUCAUUUUCCUUUGGGAUAGUGAGUGAAUAAUGUUGUGAUAUGCAUUUUUGCUUUUGUUUUCUUUUCAAAUAAUUCUACCUUAUUAUUAGGUUUUCUCUUAUUCCCUUUUCAGUCCAUCUGCCAUUUCCCUGUUCAUCAGUUUAAAUGUGCAACCACUGUACCAUAUUUAAAAUAA